UCCAAAAUUGCAAGUUAUAUAUAUUCAUCUAAGAGAAGAAUCUAUUUGAUAAAUUUUCUCUUUGAAAAAAUAGCAAAUGAGUGGAGAAGGAAAAGUUGUGUGCGUAACAGGAGCGUCUGGUUACUUAGCAUCCUGGAUGGUUAAGUUCUUGCUUGAGCGAGGGUAUUCAGUUAAAGCCACUGUUCGUGACCCUAAUGACCUUAAGAAAACAGAAAACUUACGUUCACUUGAUGGAGCCAAAGAAAGACUUCAAUUAUACAAAGCAAACUUGCUGGAAGAAGGAUCUUUUGAUGCAGUAGUUGAUGGAUGUGAAGGUGUAUUUCACACAGCUUCGCCUGUUAUUCUUUCAACAAAUGAACCUCAGGCAGAUUUGAUAGAUCCUGCAGUAAAGGGAACACUAAAUGUGCUCAAGUCAUGUGCAAAAGUUCCUUCCAUCAAUAGAGUGGUUGUAACAUCUUCCAUGGCAUCAGUUUCUUACACAGGAAAACCUCUAACCCCUGAUGUUGUGGUUGAUGAGACUUGGCUUUCGGAUCUUGCGUUCUGCGAGUCAAAGAAGCUUUGGUAUGUUAUUUCAAAAAUCUUUGCUGAGGAGGCUGCUUGGAGAUUUGCAAAGGAGAACGGGAUUGACUUGGUUACCAUACAUCCAGGGUUUGUGAUUGGUCCUCUGUUGCAGCCCACUCUUUCUCCUAGUGUGGAGAUGUUUGCACAGUGCAUCAAUGGAGCUCAAACAUUUCCAAAUGAUAAUUGCAAAUUUGUUGAUGUUAGAGAUGUUGCCAAUGCACAUGUUGGAGCUUUUGAAUUGGCUUCAGCUAGUGGCAGAUACUGUUUAGUUGGAACAGUUGUGCACUUCUCUGAGUUUUUGAAGAUUGUUCACAAACAUUACCCAACUCUGCACAUUCCUGAAAAAUGUCAAGAUGACAAGCCUUUUAUACCAAAAUAUGAGGUAUCAAAGGAGAAAGCAAAAGCUUUGGGUAUUGACUUCAUUCCUUUGGAUGUGAGUGUUGUAGACACCAUUGAAAGCUUGAAGGAUAAAGGCUUUCUUAAUGUCUGAAUACUUGGAGAACUGAAGGAGACAAAUAAAUAAGGAAUUGGAAGGUAGACCUCAAUAAAUAUAUUUUAAUUAUUAUUUUUCCCUUCUUAGUUAUGUUGUAAUUAAUAUUUCCUUUCUAGUAUAAUGAAAGGAGUCACUUGAAUUAAUAAAAUUAAGCAGAAUUAUUUCCAAUUA